UCUUUUUUAAGUAUCGCAAAACAAUUUCAUGCGAAAGAGGAAAGCAACUUAAAACUCAGUUAUUCGAAAGAUUCAUUAUACAAAUAUUAUUCACUUUGUUAUGCCACAGCUAACAGAAUAGCAGACAUAUAUAAGUACAACUUCCUUGUUCGUUUUCUAUAAAAAGAGAUUGUAAAUCUUAUCGAAAUUUAUACUAUCAUUCAUGUUUUGAAAGAAGUUUCAAUAAGAAAUUAUUCAAGAGAAAGAUGAAAAAUCUUCCACAAAUGUCAAAUUAUUUGACAACAGCUUGUGUAAUAUUAAUUAGCUUAACACUUUGUUGCAGCAGAAGUGUGGAAAGAAAGGUUGAUAACGUUGGAAAGAAAGCGAUAAACUUGAUGCCAGAUACUCCAAUUGAUUGUUACCGUGAAACACUUUUUCAAGAUUACGUUAGCACAGGCAAAAAGUUGCAACAAAAAGAUAUAGAACGUAUGCGAAACUGCAGCAAAUAUUUUCCUGAAUGCAAGGGUUACCUUGGAACUUUAAGCGCCACAUAUUUCAUUAACGAAACUGUUGGUGGUUUAAUGAUAUUAUUUGAACUGCUUGAAAGUGAACGACAAGAAUGUUUAGGAUAUUACUUGGAAAUAAAGAAUGACAUUGAAUUAAAAACGGAAUAUUUUAACGUGAGCAACACGGGACACUUUCAAAAAAUCAUUUAUGUUUAUCUGGGAGUAACUUAUAACUUCAGAGUAGUAUCGAUACCGGAUGGAGAAUCUUUAACAUUGAUAACUUCUGCACCUAGUGAAUGCCAGUUGCAAGUCAUUGGACAUAUUUCCAGAAGAAUACAAGAUGAGGAUAAUUUUUUUAAGAAUUGCGAUCUACCAAGUUACUCUGCGAGAAAAGGUGUAGCAGAAAAGAUUUGCAAACAGCACCCUAUCAAUGUAGCCAAACGGUGGCAAACGACCAAACAUCGGUUGGUGCAGGAAAAGUGUAAAUUUGUUUUGUUGCCAAAUAACGUCGUACAAAGAGUACAGCCUUACUUUGGAAAGUAAACACAUCGACCGUGUUGAAACUGAGUUUAAAUCGAAAUGACACAAAUAAAGUUUUGAAACAGCGAGAUCAAUGGAAUAAAAAACAAAAGAUUAAAUUUCGCCUUAUACCUCGCACAUACAAAUUUGCAGUUAAAUAUAUAACACCAUUAGUCUUAAAUUAAAUCUUAUUUUUAUUUCAUUUUCACGAAUAAGAACUUAAUAAAGAAUUAAGAUGACGUCACUUUGUGGUUCUUGACAAUAUUUUGUUUUAAAAUUCUGUUUAAUAUAAUUUUAUUUACUAUGUAAAUAUUAAAUGGUUAUAUUUAGUUAUCAAAUUCGUAUUGCAUAUUGCUUUAAAUUCGAUGUUUUAUCAAUAUUUUGUUUUAUCUUCAAAUUUAUCAUAAGUUUAUAUAAAAUUUUUCCAACCAAAUAAGAAGGAAAACGAUUAUUCAGUUUGAAAAAAAAAUUUAUGAUACAAACUUUUCCCAAUUGCAUUGUUUACGUACAUAUGUCGCGGGUACCUAAUAAUUAUAUACAAUAAUUAUAAGCAAGGAAGCAACUUCGUCCUCAGGGCAUUUUCUUUCAACUUUGCCUUCAGAGCAAGACAAGACACUAAGGUGGAAAAUAGAGAACUUACAGCUAUAAUAUAAGACUAUUUAUGGUGUAAACCAUUGUUCCAAAAGUGUUUCUUAGUUAGAAUUGUUUCAAAAAGGUAUAACUAUAUAAUAUGACGGGUUGCAUUAAGUAAUGCAAGUAGUCUUAACUUUUCUGUUAAGAUGAGUAAGAUUAGACAGGUGAAAUAUAGGUGAAGUGCAACACAUAAAAGCCAGCAAAAUGGAUCUUUAAAACACACUAAUUAUUAUAAUCUGGAGACAAUUUUGCGUAAACUUCGUCAUUUUAUGACGUCAGCAAUGAUAAUUAUGUAUCAGAAAUUCAUUUGAGAAUUAUGUUCAAGCUUCGAUCCUUUUGUGUGAAGUUUCAAAUGUCUACCAAAGUGAUGUAUAGGUGUGUAGAAGUAUUGACGUUUAAAGGUUUUUCGAUGAGAACUGUGUCUAAACGGGUAGUUGACAUAGUUUUGUUGAAUAAGGCGAAUUUUGGUCUUGCGUGGUCCCUUUACCUGUAAAAUUGGAUAAAUGAACUUUGACAAAUCAAAUUGGGUGGACCUGUUAUAGAAGUCCAUACAUAACUACUUGUAUGGACAAACUUCAAAAUUUGCCACAUUUGUCUCACUAUAUUUUAUAAUGAAUUUUUGGUCGUCUUCGUGGCUCCCUGGAAAACGACACAACAGUCCUAGGAAUAAAUGUUUCACAUUUUCUGGCAUGUAAAAUGUAAAAUUUAAAUUGUAUAAAUUUAAUUGAACAGUGACAAACAUAUAUUUAG